CCUUCCUACGUGCCCUUUGCCCCAGUUCUCAUUUAAUCCGCAAAACUGCGCAAGGAGCUCUUCCGCUCCCCUCCUACAGCAGGGCAGGGGCAGACGUGGAGCUGCAGGCCCAUGGACACGGGUCGCAGGCCGCGCGCACGUGUCCCCCGCCCGGGAGACACGCGAGCCGGGCCUCCGGCCGCGGCGGUCACUGAGUGCAAGUUGGAGCGGGGGUGUCCGGCUCCUAAGGGCUGCGGGGCCAGGUCGGGGCCGUGACCUUCGGGCCGCGUCCGGCUGGGCGGGGGGCGAAAACCGCGGGGGCUCUGCGCGCACCAGGCGCGGUCCCGGGUCGGCUGGGGGUGGCGGGAGCCCGCCCCGCGCCCCCGCCGCGGCCCCUUUAAGGCGUCGGCUCCGCCACGCGUUGGGUGUGGCCUCCGGGCCCCGCCCCCGGGCUGCGCGCGCGCAUUGGCUGUGCGGGGCGCGGACGCGCGCGGCACUUUGAACCGGGCGCGGAGCGGGUGCGCGGGUCGGGUCGGGCCGGGGUCGGGCCACGUCGAAUGGGCCAUGGCGGCCGAGGUGCGCGUGUCGCGCUGGUACUUCGGGGGGCUGGCCUCCUGCGGGGCCGCCUGCUGCACCCACCCGCUGGACCUGCUCAAGGUGCACCUGCAGACGCAGCAGGAGGUCAAGCUGCGCAUGACGGGCAUGGCGCUGCGGGUGGUGCGCUCCGACGGCGUCCUGGCGCUCUACAACGGCCUCAGCGCCUCGCUGUGCAGACAGAUGACCUACUCCCUCACUCGAUUCGCCAUCUAUGAGUCUGUGAGGGACCGCAUGACCAAGGGCAGCCAGGGGGCUCUCCCCUUCCAUGAGAAGGUGUUGCUGGGCUCCAUCAGUGGUUUAACUGGAGGCUUUGUGGGGACUCCCGCAGACUUGGUCAACGUCAGGAUGCAGAAUGACAUGAAGCUGCCCCUGAAUCAGCGGCGCAACUACGCCCAUGCCCUGGAUGGCCUGUACCGCGUGGCUCGUGAAGAGGGUCUGAAGAAACUGUUCUCUGGCGCGACCAUGGCAUCCAGCCGCGGGGCCUUAGUCACCGUGGGCCAGCUGUCCUGCUAUGACCAGGCCAAGCAGCUGGUCCUCAGCACUGGCUUCCUGUCUGACAACAUCUUCACGCACUUCAUUGCCAGCUUCAUUGCAGGUGGGUGUGCCACGUUCCUGUGCCAGCCCCUGGACGUGCUGAAGACGCGCCUGAUGAACUCCAAGGGGGAGUAUCGGGGUGUUCUCCACUGUGCUAUGGAGACAGCAAAGCUUGGACCACUGGCUUUUUUCAAGGGCCUCUUUCCUGCUGGCAUCCGUCUGGUCCCCCACACUGUGCUCACCUUCGUGUUUCUGGAACAGCUCCGCAAGCACUUUGGCAUCAAAGUGCUGUCGUGAUGGGGCCAUGGGAGCAGGCUGGGCCACGCCCAGCCACCAGUGCCAGCUUCUUCCAAAGAGUCCAGGAGGGUCGGCACCCAAGCCUGCAACUGCUGUCGUC